UUUUUAUCGCCUUAUAACAGGAUAUCGCACUGGCGCGAAAAACGCACUGUGUGGCUCUCUAUUACACAUUGUGGGGCGGAUCUAGUGUCUGUUGUCUGAGCCCCGGCGUUUUUUCCAUCCUUUUGUUUUUUAAACUGAACUAAAACAGAAGUAUAACACCACAUAUUUUAAACCCAGUCACAGCUCGGGCAGCUUUUUAUCCGUCUGAUCCCCGUGAACCGUGGACACUUUGCUCUUUGACUGCUGCUCAGGGGCUUUGGAUGCCCUGAAUUUCGCACUGGGAUUUACGGAGAAACCGGUUGUACGGGACGUUCUUCAGAGGCCACUGGUGUCAUUUGAUCAUUUCUGGGAAUAAACUCUAGAGGAUUUUAUUAGCUAAAAAUAUGGAGUUCGACUGUUACCAGCACUAUUUCUUCGAUGAUUUCGAAACCGAGGAGGAUUUUUACACGUCAACCGCACCAAGCGAGGACAUAUGGAAAAAGUUCGAGCUGCUGCCCACCCCUCCCAUGUCUCCCACCCGAACUCUUAGCGGUGCUUCCCUGCACUUCUCACCGGGAGACAAGCUCAGCUGGCGGUCCAAGGUGCCGGGUCAGGACGAGGAGUGUGAGGGUCAGUUCAUCCCAGAUACGGAACAGCUUUUUGGCAACCUUAGCUCCAUCAUCAUCCAGGAUUGCAUGUGGAGUAGUUUCUCCGCCAGUAAGCAGUUGGAGAAGGUCAAUGGGAGAAUGUCAGCUGCGGCGCAGACCGGUGCCUCCCCGCUGGCUCAGAUCUCCGUGAGACCGAGCAAGGCGCAGUGCGUCUCGCCCACUGCCCCGCUCGCUGCUUCGGCGACAGACUGCGUCGACCCUGCGGCUGUUCUCACCUUCCCGGCAAACAGCUGCAGGAAGCCGGCGUCGUCUGGCUCCGAGUCUCGCUCUGAUUCCUCUGAUGAUGAAGAGGAAAUCGACGUGGUCACUGUGGAGAGCAAGCAGAACCGGAUGAGGCUGGUGAAUGUCAGAAAACCGGUCACCGUCACAGUCCGGGCCGACCCCUGCCCCAAGCGCUUCCACAUGUCUGUCCAUCGGCAGCAGCACAAUUACGCCGCCCGAUCCCCAGACAGCGAGCCAGAACCUGAGGAUGAUGAGGAAGAUGAGGAGGAGGAGGAGGAAGAGGAGGAGUAUGAGGAAGAGCCUCAAAGCAAGCGUGCCUGCAUGGCAUCCAAUCAGAAACCAGGCUCUUCAGCUCGUGGUUCCCAACCUGCCUCCCCCUCAGAGACUCCCCAAAACUCAGACACAGAGGACACAGACCGCAGAAGGAACCACAACUUCCUAGAGAGGAAGAGGAGGAACGACCUGCGGUCUCGUUUCCUCGCCUUACGGGAUCAGAUCCCCGGCCUGGAGUCGGCCAAAACUCCAAAGGUGGCCAUCCUGACCCAGGCAACAGAGUUCCUCAUGGAGCUGCACACCAGGGAGAAACGGCAUCUCCAGGAGAAGAAGCGCCUCAAAUCCAGACAGCAGCAGCUUCUCCGCAGAUUAACUGAAUUGAAGCGCUCUUGAGACUCAAAAAAAAAAUGUGCUUUUGAAAUGAACUGCCUCAUUCACAGUCAAGAACUUUGCUAAGUUACCUAUCACUUUUGAAAAGCUACAGUUUUUUAUAUAACGACAUGCCUCAUGUAAAUAGCCGUGAAAUAAAUUCUGUUUGUAAUUCA